AUGAGCUCCUUUCUGACGACUGUCAACAACCGGACGAAGAGCCAAUUCCGACCCCGAGCGCCCGGCAAAGGGGGCGCUACGAGCUACCAGCUUCGUCAGUAUGCGGAGGCUACACUCGGCGGAGGGAGCCUGCGGAAGGUGGUGAAACUGCCGGAGGGAGAAGAUGAGAACGAGUGGCUGGCUGUAAACAUGGUGGAUUUCUACAACCAGAUCAACCUCCUCUACGGCGCUAUCACCGAAUUCUGCUCCCCUCAAACAUGUCCAGAGAUGAAGGCGACGGACGAGUUUGAAUAUCUGUGGCAAGAUUCGGAGAACUACAAGCGGCCGACAAAGAUGCCCGCGCCGGCGUACAUCGAGCAGUUGAUGACCUGGGUUCAGGGCAACAUCGACAACGAGGCGGUCCUCCCGAGCCGCAUCGGCGUGCCCUUCCCCAAAUCAUUUCCAGCCCUGGUGCGCCAGAUCUUCAAACGCAUGUACCGCGUCUAUGCCCACAUCUACUGCCACCACUACCCUGUCAUCCGUGAACUGGGCCUUGAACCGCACCUCAACACUAGCUUCAAGCAGUACGUCCUUUUCAUCGACGAGCACAACCUCGCCAGCGGGAAGGACUACUGGGGCCCAUUGGGCGAUUUGGUGGACAGCAUGCUGCGUAGCGACUAG